GUCAAUGCAGAUACCGUUGAUGUUCCCUCUGGCAGUGCAAGAGAAUAUAAGUUGCUGCUACUCCGGAUGCAAAAACAGGCCCCAAAAGAUAUAAUCGAUCGCCGAUAAGAGAUCCAACGUUCGUAUCCAAGCUCACGAUACACGACGCCUUACGUCACUCAUAUGAAUGCGAUCGCACGUCAGUCUCACUGGUCUUUAUAGUCUGAGGAAAAUAGUAGUCGCGAAUCUCAAUAUCACGCAAAGUGUCACAUGGAAUAUUUUCAUACGAUCUGCGUUUAACGAAAAUUUUACAUGGAGUCUGAUACGAAUUGAUUAAAGAAGAGUUUCAGAGUAAUUCAGAGAUACUGUCACAGUGUUUCUAUAACAGUACAAGGAGAACGCAUAAUAUGGCAGCACAAGCCGAUUCUCUAUUUGAGUACGUGCUCAUUAAUUAUCGAUGGAUCUUCGUUAUAUUCUUCUUGCUUCCGUUAUCUUUGCUAUUUGAGAUCUUCAAUUGUACGAGGAACUGGAUAGUCUUCAAAUUAAGCAGCGCGCCUAAGCAACAUGAAAAGAAAGUGCGAAAUAUUCAACGACAGAUAAAAGAAUGGAGAAAUUCUGGAGCAAAUCAACAAAUGUGUACAGCUCGUCCAGGAUGGCAAACCAUGAGUUUUCGACAAGCACGGUACAAGUCAUCUAUGUUCAAUGUGAAUAUCAAUAUGGUUGAUGUUCUAGAAGUGAACGUUGAAAAACAGUACGUUCGUGUAGAACCUAUGGUAACUAUGGGACAAUUAUCAGCUACUCUAGCACCAUUAGGAUGGACAAUCCCGGUGCUUCCCGAAAUCGAUGACUUGACAGUAGGGGGUCUCGUAAUGGGCACUGGAAUUGAAUCCAGUUCGCAUAAAUUUGGUCUCUUUCAACACAUUUGUCGUAAUUUUGAAAUUGCACUGUGUGAUGGUUCUAUUAUCAAUUGUUCCAAGGAUAAUGAUCCAGAUUUAUUUUACUCAAUACCAUGGUCACACGGUACACUUGGAUUUUUACUAUCUGUGAACUUGGAUAUAAUACCGGCUGAGAAAUAUAUAAAAUUGGAAUACGAGCCUGUUACGAGUUUAAAGGAUGCUUGCGAGGUAUUCAAAAGACAAACUUAUAAGAAGGAUAAUAAUCAGUUUAUAGAGGGUCUCAUGUUUUCGAAGGACAAGGGUGUCAUUAUGACAGGAAAUAUGACGUCACAAGUUGAAGAACAUCUCGUGAAUCCAAUAGGCAGAUGGUACAAGCCCUGGUUCUUCACGCACGUUGAGAGCAAAUUCAGAAAUGGUUCAAAAGUGGAGUACAUCCCUCUGCGAGAUUAUUAUCACAGACAUACAAAAUCCUUGUUUUGGGAAUUAAAUGAUAUUAUUCCAUUUGGAAAUAAUCCUUUGUUCAGAUAUCUUUUAGGUUGGAUGAUGCCACCUAAGGUGGCAUUACUGAAACUCACGCAGACUGCAGCAACUAAAAAACUUUAUGAACAAAAUCAUAUUAUCCAAGAUAUGUUGGUUCCUAUAGAAAGACUAGAGGAGAGUAUUUUGAAAUUUCAUAAUGCAGUUCGGGUUUACCCAUUAUGGCUUUGUCCAUUCAAACUCACACCAGAACCAGGAUUGGUAAAUUCGCGAACCUCAAAGGAUGAAAUGUACGUUGACAUUGGUGUUUACGGUGUCCCAAAAAUAAGUAAUUUCAAAGCUGUAGAAAGUACCAGAGACAUUGAGGAAUUCGUUAGAAAUGUUAAAGGCUAUCAAAUGCUAUAUGCUGACACUUACACUACUAGAGAAGAAUUUCGAGAAAUGUUUAAUCAUUCCUUAUAUGAUAAAGUCCGAGAAAGAUUUCAGUGCAAUAGAGCAUUCCCAGAGGUCUAUGAUAAAGUCAAUAAAAAUGCACGAAUUUAA